AAACAAAAAUCGCAUCCAGUCCAUCCAGUUGUAAACAGUGUCGAAAGUCUGAACAUUUUAAUGUUUAUUAAAGUAGUGGAUUAGAUAAUUCAGUUAUUUAGUGAAGUACAACCAAAAUUACAAUUUAAGUAACAGAUAUGCCGCGGAUUUGCUUCAUUCCGGGAUGUCGCACCCACAAGGACUACUACGAGCGGGGAGUGACCAUGUUCUCCUUCCCACGUGAGCCCGAUCAAAUCAAGGCCUGGAAUAGGGCCUGCUUGCGUGAAGCAGACUACCAACCCCCUCGGUAUGCGUGCAUUUGUGAGAAGCACUUCGAACCAGCGGUAUUGGAAAGCAGGACCUCUGGACGGAAGACCUUGAAAAUGGAUGCCGUACCAACGCAGUAUCUGGAUGGAUGGAAACCGGACGUUGAUAACGAUCUGGAAUGUGAUCGUGUAACACCAGCUAGAGUUCCAGUAACGACGGGAUCCAUCGUCGAAGCACGGAAAGUGGAAGAAGUUCUGCUCAAAGAAUCUACGAACGUUUUACCCGAAGUCGAACCAAUUAGGGCAGACUUGUUCUGUCGGCUAUGUGGCAUCAAACAUGAACAGGAUAACAAAUAUGAUCUGGAAGAGCUGCGAAGCGAUCAUCGAAAUGAUGAUAUCUUCAAUGUUUGUUUUCUGGAUUAUGAAGGUCUCGAAGCAGCUAAAACCAUUUGUCCAGGCUGCUACGACAAGGUUGAUUCCGUUGCACGUUUUAUCGAGAAGUGCCAUGAAGGACAACGAAGGCUGCUGGAACACUUCAGUGAGCUGAUGCAGAUGCCUAUACCUGACCAAGCUGGUGUAGACGACCAGUUCAAUAGAAGCGAAGAUGAAUAUCUCGAAGAUGGUAAUAAUGAUGCAAAUCUAUCAGAUGACGAUGACUUUGAAACUGAGGAGAUGAAAAAUGCUCGCAUGGAUCGCUACAUAGACAAGCUGAUGAAGAAGUACAAAUCCGUCAGGGGAAAAAUUCGCGGAUCAAAAAGCUGGGAAUGUCUCGACUGUCGUGAAAUAUUUCAACGUCGUACUCAUCUAGCAAAACAUCGAAGCACGUGUCCGCUGGUCGGGAGUGAAGAUUCGAAGCGCCGUGGACCGUUUCGCUGCGAAGUCUGUGAUAAGCUUCUGAGCACGUUGCCUGGCUAUCGUUAUCAUCUUAUCAAGAAGCACGACAAUAAGGAAGAGGGUGAUAAUUCUCCCGAAGAGCUACGUUUGUUGAAAUCGAACAAGUUAAUAACCUGCCCAUUAUGCUCGGACAGCUUUGCCACUGUGGCCAAGCUGAGGUACCAUCUGCCUAGUCAUAAAAGCACCAACAAGGGACGUGACUCCGAGGGCAAUAGCUGCUCCGCCAGAACCGGCGACAAUGGCUCCAUGUGUAGUUUUUGCGGGAAGAUGGAACGCAGUGCUGCCUCGUUGGAAAUUCAUAUGAAGUUCCAUUUGAAACAGAAGGAUUGGCAUUGCGAUAAAUGUGACAAACAGUACUAUACAAAGGCCGAUCUGAAAACACAUGUCUUGGCAGUGCAUGAUAAGGUAACCUACCCAUGUAAAGUGUGCGGUGUGAUACUAAAGUCGAAGAUCACUUUUGCGCGACACAAACGUAUACACGAUGUAUCACUUCAAAAAACGUGCAGCUUCUGUACGAAGAGGUUCACAACCACAAAUGCCCUGAACAAACAUGUUCGCAGCAGGCAUCAAGGUUUGGAACUGGACGAUAUGGAGCACUCCGACGAGGCGGAAGAACAUGGCGAAGAUAAAACCGGAUGGGAUGUAAGUGGAGACGAAGGUGGCUUCCAGGAAAUUAUCGAAGAAGUCGUUAUGACAGAACAGUCGUUGGAUUUCGACUCGAAGGAUGACAUCAAACAGGAACCAUUGCUGAUUAUUGAAGCGGUGGAAUAGAAAGGUAAAUACAGAUGAAUUAAAACGAAUAUUUUUUGGUAAUAUGAGGUUUCUCAUAAUGUUAAACAAUCUCUGAACUUA